AUGACAAAUUUUGUUGAUGGAACGACACGUACUCGGUGGGAUGAGUUACGAAUGUUUGUACGUUUAGUUGUAGAAAUCGGUACGAUAUUUGACUCGAAUGGAAUUAAUAUACAUUUUCUCAAUAGACAAAACUCUUAUAGAAUUACCAAUCCUAAAGAUGUAGAACGACUAUUCAAGAUUCCUCCACGUGGUUAUACUCCAUUGGCUCGUGUUCUACGAAACAUUCUUCAAUCACAUGUUCAACAUCAACAAAAUAAAAAAUUGUUAAUAUUCAUUGCUACCGAUGGAAUACCCACUGAUGAUGAUGGAAAUCCUAAUCUUCCCGAGUUCAAACAUGUCAUGGAACAUGAACGUCAAGUAGACAACACUCAUGUAAUGUUUCUCAUUUGUACGGAUGAUUCAGAGACUGUCAGCUACCUGAGACAAUGGGAUGCAGAGAUGGUGAAUGUCGAUGUGACGGAUGAUUAUCAGACACAGAAAAAAAUGAUUCGGGACAUACACGGAGCCAAUUAUCCAUUUUCAUAUGCUGACUAUGUGGUGAAGGUAUUGGUCGGUGCUAUAGAUCCUGAUAUUGAUCGUUCUGACGAUUUACCUGAUGAGGAUGAUAUUUUGAGUUAA